CGGAUUCUCCUCCUGACAAUAUAAAUACAGCUGCGCACUUUUAUCAUCAGAAACGCGCUCACAACAUGAUAUAAUAUAGCAGUAAACACGCAAGAAAAUCACUUCUACUGCUUCUCAAGUGUAACACUAACAAGUUUUCUUUCGUUGUCACUGGUUUUCGCAUCUUGACAAUGCCGUUUCUUGGGCAAGACUGGCGGUCUCCUGGUCAAAGCUGGGUGAAAACCGAGGACGGCUGGAAAAAAACGACGAAAGAUGAAAACGAGACGAAUAACAAUGUAUCAGAACGGAAGAGCUACUGCAAAGAAGAGCAUGACAAGGAAAAUUUGAUCCUCAGCAUUAAUUAUGAUGUGGCUGCAAAGAAGCGAAAGAAGGACUUGCUGAACAACAACACAAAGAUUCCUUAUUUUCACAAAGACAAAUGGAUUUAUGUCCACAAAGGGAGCACCAAAGAGCGUCAUGGAUAUUGUACUCUGGGCGAAGCAUUUAAUCGCUUGGACUUCUGCAGUGCCAUCAAGGACACCAGGCGAUUCAAUUAUGUCGUAAGGCUGCUGGAGCUGAUCGCCAAGUCCCAACUGCCUUCGCUGAGCGGAGUGGCACAGAAAAACUACAUGAACAUUCUGGAAAGGGUUGUGCAGAAAGUUCUUGAGGAUCAGCAGAAUGUUCGACCGAUAAAGGAACUGCUGCAGACGCUAUAUGCGUCAUUGUGCAGUCUGGUUCAGGACAUGGGCAAGUCUGUCCUGGUGGGGAACAUCAACAUCUGGGUGCAUCGCAUGGAGAACAUACUGCAGUGGCAGCAGCAGCUUGACAACAUUCAGAUCAACAGGCCCACAAACACAGGGAUGACCUUCCUUGAUCUUCCGGCUAGUUUACAGCUGAACAUCAUGCACCGUCUCUCAGACGGAAGAGAUCUGGUUAGCCUGGGUCAAGUAUGCCCUGACCUAAGUGUGGUGACAGAAGAUCGGCUGUUGUGGAAGAAACUCUGCCAGUAUCACUUCUCAGACAGACAGAUCCGCAAGCGCCUAAUGCUGUCAGAUAAAGGACAUUUGGAAUGGAAAAAGAUGUAUUUUAAGUUGUGCCGGUGCUACCCUCACAAAGAGCAGUACAGUGACACAUUACAGUUCUGCACACAUUGCCACAUCCUGUUCUGGAAGGAUACAAACCAUCCUUGCACUGCCAAUAACACAGAGAGCUGCUGCAAGGCCGUGUCUCCACAGGGUUUCAUCAACCUUUUCAAGUUCUAGGGGGCGCUGCAUUGCUGCCAUGUAAAUAGUGUCAAUAGUGCAAAGGAUUCCUGGAUGACUUGAGGCAGGGGGAAAAAAUGGGGUUGCAUUAGAAGCAGGUGUCAUAAUGUUUUGUGAAGUAGUUUGGAAACUGAUUGUACUCGAGAAAAAUGCAAGAUGAGAAACUGAAAAACUGUGUUGGGGUCUGUGUAUUUAUAAAAGAUUUAUUUUUAUUUAUUCAGCAUGGAGCUUGUUUACUUAAAAGUUACAUUAAGGAUAAGAAAAAGGAUGUUUAAAUUGAUCCUACAUGCAUAAAAAGUUGCCCUUGUGCUGUCAGGAUGCCCUGGUUUCUUCUGUGAAUGUAAUAUAGGUUUGAUUUUUGGCAACACAAACAUUUAUUGUUUGAAUUUCAGAUAGCAUUAUUGGUGCUGUAGCAAGUGCAUGGGAAUGUUUACCAAAAUGGCCUUAACACUGGUGUGCAAUACUUUUCUAAGUACUUUUUUUUUCACUUUUAUACAUUUGAUAUUUUCAGUGGUUUGCAAUUUAAACGUGCUUGUUUUUCUAAACAAUAAAUACGUGAGUAUGUUGUAAGCAGAUCUGAAGUGUAAACUUAUCCAAGGUGCCUUAUUCUGAGUGGUCAUAAGCAAAUUUAAAAGCUGUCAUUCAUAAGCAGGUGAUUCUUUCUGAAUAAAACCUCUGAAUCAUAUUAAUUCAGCUUUAUAUAGGAAUCGAUGAAUAAAGUAUUUAUAUAGA